AUCUGAAAGCAGCCUACGAUGUAACGCGUCCGUUUCUGUGUGUAACUUUUUUUGCAAGCAAACUACGACCUCCAGCUGCGUUUUAUUCCCCUCUUUAAUAACUCUGCGGUCAUGGCGGCUGUGAGAGCGCUCACUGUGCGGUUCGGACCCGGUCCCGUCCUGCUCUGUGUGCUGAGUGUGUUCUGCUUGUCGGUAGCAGGGCAGGACGGCACGUGCGAGGCGAACGGCUCGGUGUAUUAUGUGGGAGAGUGGUACUUCCUGGACUCGGAGCGCUGCACGCAGUGUGAGUGCACGCCGGAAGGAGCGGUGUGCGCGCGGACACAGUGCACUGCGCUGCCCGCCGCCUGCAUCCACGUGAGUCACUACCCGAGCGACUGCUGCACGCGCUGCGAGCGGAUUGGCUGUGAGCACCGGGGAGAGGUGUACGAGCUCGGCCAGCACUUCCAGCCAUCAGAAUGCGAGCAGUGCACCUGUGACAACGACGGCAUCGCCAGGUGCCUCGUAGCGGACUGCGCCCCUCCUGCAUGUGUGAACCCGGUCUUUCAAAGAGGGAAGUGCUGCCCUGACUGCAAAGAUGGUCCCAACUGCUAUGUGGACGACACUCGGACACAAAUAAUCCCCGGAGGAGAGGCAGUGUGGGUGGAUUCCUGCACCAAAUGCCGAUGCCAUGAUGGGCAGGAUGCCGGCUAUUGGGAGGGCAACCGCGUGGCUACAUGCACCCGCCUCCACAACUGUACAGUCAGCAAGGGGGAAAACUAAAACAGUCCAGUAGCAGAACAUGAAGCUCAGCAGGGCCCGCAUAUCAAGCUGAAGACUUGUAAAUUGUAGCCUUUGUGAUUACAAACAGUAGUCUUGUGUAACAAGCCCAACAUUGAGGUUAAAUGUUAAAUGACAUGGCUGAAGGUCAAUUUUGUCCUUGUAUGGGAUGUUCCCAAAUUUAAGCCCUAGUAUGUAGGCUGUAAGGACCAAAAUUCUGAGUGCACUUCCAAAAAUAUUUAAGCAUCUACUCAAAACUAGAACAAAACCUAUAGCAAUGACUUUGUUUUCGACCCUACUGUAAGUGUUAGAGAUGAGAUGUAAGACUCCAUGAAUUGGGUGCCAUCAAUGUGACACCAAUCUUUCUUGAAUGUUUAGCUUUAUUGCAUAAGAAAUCAGAUUUAGAGACUGAUCUGUACAAUACAACAUAUACAUACAGUGGUGCUUGAAAUUUUGUGAACCCUUUAGAAUUUUCUAUAUUUCUGCAUAAUUAUGACCUAAAACAUCAGAUUUUCACACAAGUCCUAAAAGUAGAUAAAGAGAACCCAAUUAAACAAAUGCAACAAAAAUAUUAUCUCAUCUCAUUAUCUGUAGCUGCUUUAUCCUGUUCUACAGGGUCGCAGGCAAGCUGGAGCCUAUCCCAGCUGACUACGGGAGAAAGGCGGGGUACACCCUGGACAAGUCGCCAGGUCAUCACAGGGCUGACACAUAGACACAGACAACCAUUCACACUCACAUUCACACCUACGGUCAAUUUAGAGUCAGCAGUUAACCUAACCUGCAUGUCUUUGGACUGUGGGGGAAACCGGAGCACCCGGAGGAAACCCACGCGGACACGGGGAGAACAUGCAAACUCCACACAGAAAGGCCCUCGCUGGCCACGGGGCUCGAACCCGGACCUUCUUGCUGUGAGGCAACAGCGCUAACCACUACACCACCGUGCCGCCCACAAAAAUAUUAUACUUGGUCAUUUUAUUUAUUGAGGAAAAUGUCCAGUAUUACAUAUCUGUGACUGGCAAAAGUAUGUGAACUCCUAGGAUUAGCAGUUAAUUGGAAGGUGAAGUUAGUCAAGUGUUUUCAAUCAAUGGGAUGGCAAUCAGGUGUGAGAGGGUGCCAUGUUUUAUUUAAAGAACAGGGAUCUAUCAAAGUCUGAUCUUCACAGCACAUGUUUGUGGAAGUGUAUCAUGGCAUAAAAAAAGAUUUCUAAGAACCUCAGAAAAAGGAGCUGAAGCUCAUCAGACUGGAGAAGCUUACAAAACCAUUUCUAAAGUGUUUGGACUCUACCAAUCCACAGUCCAACAGAUUGUUUACAAAAUGGAGGAAACUCAAGAUCACUGUCAACCUCCCCAGGGUAACUUCUAAGCAACUGAAGGCCUCUCUCACAUUGGCUAAUGUUAAUGUUCAUGAGUCCACCAUCAGAAGAACACUGAACAGCAGUGGUGUGCCUGGCAGGGUUGCAAGGAGAAAGCCACUGCUCUCCAAAAAGAACAUUGCUGCUCGAUUACAGUUUUCUAAAGAGCACAUGGACAAGCCAGGAAGCUACUGGAAAAAUGUUGAACAGACGAGACCAAAAUAUAUAUUUUUUUGGUAUAAAUGAGAAGCGUUAUAUUUAGAAAAAGGAAAACACUGCAUUCCAUCAAAAGAACCUUAUCACAUCUGUGAAACAUGAUAGUGGUAGUAUCAUGGUUUGGGCCUGUUUUGCUGCAUCUGGGCCAGGACAACAUGCCGUCAUUGAUAGAACAAUGAAUUCUGAAUUACUCCAGUGAAUUAUAUAGAAAAUAUCUCGACAUCUGUCUGUGAACUGAAUCUCAAGAGAAAGUGGGUCAUGCUGCAAGACAACGAUCUUCAGCACACAUGUCGUUCAUCCAAAGGAUGGUUAAAUAAGAAUAAAGUCAAUGUUUUAGAAUGGCCAAGUCAAAGUCCUGACCUUAAUCCAAUAGAAAUGUUUUGCAAGCAGUUCAUGUAUGGAAACCCAGCAACAUCCCAGAGUUGAAGCUAUUCUAUACGGCUAAAAUUCUUCCAAGCUAACAUGCAGGACUGAUCAACACAUACCGCAAACAUUUACUUGCUGCUUAGUUCUUGCUGCACAAGGGGGUCAACACCAGAUACUGAAAGCCAAGGUUCACAUACUUUUGCCACUCACUCAUAUGUAAUAUUGGAUCAUUUUCCUCAAUAAAUAAAUGACCAAGUAUAAUAUUUUUGUAUCAUUUGUUUAACUGGAUUCUCUUUAUCUACUUUUAAGACUUGUGAAAGUCCAGAAAAUCUGAUGUUUUAGGUCAAAUUUAUGCAAAAAUGUAUAUGAAAUUUCGAAAGGGUUCAAAAACAUUCAUCUCAUUAUCUCUAGCCGCUUUAUCCUGUUCUACAGGGUCGCAGACAAGCUGGAGCCUAUCCCAGCUGACUACGGGCGAAAGGCGGGGUACACCCUGGACAAGUCGCCAGGUCAUCACAGGGCUGACACAUAGACACAGACAACCAUUCACACUCACAUUCACACCUACGGUCAAUUUAGAGUCACCAGUUAACCUAACCUGCAUGUCUUUGGGGGAAACCGGAGCACCCGGAGGAAACCCACGCGGACACGGGGAGAACAUGCAAACUCCACACAGAAAGGCCCUCGCCAGCCCCGGGGCUCGAACCCGGACCUUCUUGCUGCGAGGCGACAGCGCUAACCACUACACCACCGUGCCGCCCGGUUCAAAAACAUUCAAGCACCAUUGUACCAUACAUAGAGCGUUAAUGGUUUGUAUAAUACAAUGCCUUGUCCUGUAUUUCCUCCAGCAUUGUUUGUUUUUCUGUUUCUGCUGUUAGUGGUUACAUGUAAACAUGUUUUCAAGAAAAAAACUUGACAUGAAAGAAAAUCAAGAAACCAAAAAUGAUUCUGAAAACGUUUCAAGCCGUGCCUUCAAGUGAUGAGUCAAUCGAUGAUCAAGUUUCUUCAGAAAAUCCCAGAUUUUGCAUUGGAACAUGCAAACAGAAUUGAGGUAUGAUUAUUUGCUUGUAUAACAAUGCACAUAUUAUACAAUUAAAGAUAACAUAAUCACAUAUACACGUAUAUAAUUAUAAAGAAGUGGUUUUAAGCAUGUGUGCCUGAGGUUCACUUACUGAAGUUUAACACUUACUCCAGUCCUAUGCAGGCAUGGAAAUAGCUAAUGGAAUAGGUAGUGUUUAUAAGUUUUUCAUUUAUCAUUAAAAAAAACACCCAAAAACAACACCUUGUUCGUUCCUAAUGUCUGUUCAUUGUUUGGAAAAAUUCAUAGUGCCUUAUUUUUUCAGAAAUGCUGUCAUGCUGUAAAUCAGACACACACGUUUUGAUAUUCCCUAUAACACCGAGCUAUACGGAGGUACACGAUGAUAAAUAAACCACUUUGAGUAAA